CUUCUUUCUCUGCCCUGCUGUGUCUCUCUUUGCGCCAUGAAUCCCUUGAAGAGAAUCAAAACCCUAGCCAUAUCCAACUGCAAAUCCUUGUUAUAUUCCUCCUCAUCUUCAUCACAUCACUUCCAGAACCCAAGCUCGCCAUCAAAAUCGCACCUUUAUUCCUCCUUCUUCUGUACUCUCAUUCAAACCUUCCUCUCAUGCUAUCGUUUCACCCAAGCACUUAAUUCCUUCCUCUUCAUGCGAUCCCUCGGCCUCAACCCCACCGUUCAUCAAUGGAACCAUCUCUUGUUCCGUUUUAAUGCAUCAGGAUUGGUCUCCGAGGUACCAAAUGUUUACUCAGAACUCAUAAAAUGCCAUCAAAGUUCGAAUCUUUUUGCUCGCAAUGUGCUUAUUCAUGCAUUUUGCAAAAUGAGAAUGCUUGAUAUGGCUUUGGAAGUGGCUAGAGAUGGAGAAGCUGAUGUGGUUAGCUACAAUACUGUCAUUUGGGGGUUCUGUGAUAAUGGAAUGGUUACAUCAGCAGUGGGGUUUUUGUCUGAGAUGUUUAAGCGAGGUGUUGGAAUGAAUACGAUUAGUUGCAACACUUUGUUGAAAGGGCUUUGUGAUGAGGGAAUGUUAGAUGAGUCUGAAUCUUUGAUGAAUAUGUUUGUUUGUUGGGGAAUUGGUAGGGAUAUUGUAGGUUUUAACACGCUACUUAGUGGGCAUUGUAAGCUAAAGGCGAUGGAUGAAGCCAUGGGAUUGGUUGAGAGUAUGAAAGGAGAGGGCAUCUCUCCUGAUGUUGUUACUUAUAACACUUUGUUUCAUGGGUUUUGUAGAGUUGGAGAGUUAGAUAAGGCAGAGGGUUUGAUGGACGUGGAGAAAGAUGGUUUUGGACCAAAUGCAAUAACAUAUACAACGUUCAUUGGAGGGUAUUGUAAAAGGAAACAGUUGGAUAAAGCUUGCUUGUUCUAUAAGGAGAUGGUUACGAGCGGCAUUUUGCCUGAUGUAGUUACAUACAGUGCUCUUAUAAAUGGCCUUUGCAAGAGUGGUCAGUUGCUUAAGGGGUAUUCACUUUUUAGGCGGAUGGAGAAGAUGGGCAUUACUGCUAACCAUGUUUCAUACUCGACUAUCAUUGAUACACUCUUUAAAUCAGGGAAACCCAGGGAAUUAUCUAUUAUUCAAGGGGAAAUGGUUGUUCGGGGUAUCAUUCUUGAUUUGGUUUCACAUACAAUUCUUUUGGAUGGCCUUUUUAAAACAGGAAUGGUUGAUGAGGCAGAAAAGGUGUUUAAGCAUAUCUCGUCUCUACAGUUCAAACCCAAUCAUUUCACUUAUACUGCCUUGAUUGAUGGACGUUGCAAGGCUGAAGAUUUGAAGGGUGCUGAAUUAGCACUAUCAGAAAUGCAAAACAGGUCAAUCUGCAGGACGGUUGUCACCUAUUCCUCUAUUAUUUGUGGCUAUGUUAGAAAUGGAAUGCUUGAUAUGGCGGUCGACAUCAUGAAUAAGAUGAAGGAUGAACAUGUUUUUCCAAAUAUUGUUACUUAUUGUACACUAAUGGAUGGGUUUUUUAAGAUGGGAAAGUUAGAAGAAGCUCUUGACUUGUAUGAGGAAAUGUUGAAGGAAGGUAUUGAUGCUAAUAAAUUUAUAGUUGAUGUGCUAUAUAAUGGUUUGAGGAAAAAUGGAAGUAUGAAGAAAGCAGAGACCAUACUCAGAUAUAUGCUAGAGAAGGGUUUGCCAUUGGAUUGUGUUAACUAUACAUCUCUAAUGGAUGGACUUUUUAAACAGGGCAAGAUCGAAGAUGCUUUCAAACUUGAAUUACUGAUGAAAAAUCUUGUUCCAGAUGUUAUUUUCUAUAAUGUCUUUAUUAACUGCCAUUGCUUGCUUGGUGAAUCUGGCCAAGCUAAAUCGAUCUUUUAUGAAAUGAAAAAUAUGGGCUUAAGUCCUGAUAAUGCUACUUAUAACAUUUUGAUUAGCGCACAUUGCAAAGAAAAAAAGUUAGAUGAGGCCCUUGAACUCUUUCAUGAAAUGAAUAGUACUGGGCUGAUGCCUAAUGCCAUCAAUUACAAUACUUUGGUUGGGGGUCUCAGUCAGCACGGGAAUUUGACUAAGGCUGUGGAUUUAUUGAAUGAAAUGGCUGUUGCUGGGUUUUGCCCAAGCCCGUCAACUCAUAGAAAAGUACUUCUAGCAUGUUCCAAUUUGAAAAGAGCAGAUUCAAUUCUCCAGCUGCAUGAACAAAUGGUUCAGAUGGGUCUGCGUCCUGAUAGAGCUGUUUACAAUGCACUCAUCCAUGUAUUAUGCACCCUUGGAAUGACACAAAAAGCUACAGUUGUCUUUAAAGAAAUGCUGGGAAAGGGGAUUGCAGGAGAUACUAUGACCUUCAAUGCCUUAAUACUUGGACAUUGCAGGAGUGGUCAUUUAGAUAAAGCCUUUGAUACAUACUCACAAAUGCUACUUGUAGGGGUGACCCCUAAUAUUGCAACAUACAAUUCUCUUCUAGGUGGGCUUUCAGCUGCUGGAAGGAUGGAGGAAGUGGAUAGAUUGCUGCAUGAGAUGCAAAAUAAGGGAUUAGCCCCUGAUGGUAUUACUUAUAAUAUUCUAGUUUCAGGUCAUGCGAAGAUAAGUGACAAAAAGAAAUCUGUGUUGUUUUACUGUGAAAUGGUAAGAAAUGGCUUUGUUCCUACAAUUGGCACAUACAAUGUGCUUAUUAGUAAUUUUGCCAAUGUGGGAAUGAUGACUCCGGCUAAAGAAUUGUUAAAUGAAUUGCAAAAGAGAGGUCUCUCACCCAAUUCUUCAACCUAUGACAUACUCAUUAGUGGAUGGUCAAGGCUAUCAAACGAAACUGAGGUGAAAAGAUUGCUGAAAGAGAUGGGUGAAAAGGGAUUUGUCCCAGCUGCUAGUACAAAUCGAUCUAUUGCCCGUUUUUUUGCAAGACCUGGAAAAAAGAAGCAAGCUCAGAAGUUACUUAGUAAGAUGUAUAAUGUAAAAGAUGGCUAAAAGGAACUGAUUUACAGUGGAAGCUAAGUAAUAUACGAGUGGACAGUGCAUUUGCUGACAAUGAUAGUUGGGAUCUACUUUGUGGGGUUUCAGCAAGAUAUCAUAUUGCUUGUGCUCGUCUCUCAUGAAUGUGAAAGACCAGUAUGCCUUGCAUAUAAAGUUUACGUUUAAAGGCACCCAGCGGAAUCUGCUCAAAUAUAAUUCAUAAAUUUUCAUAGUAUGCGGAUUGAUGCACAACAAGGAAUUGGAGCUUGGAGAGAAUGCUAAAGCUGCUUGUAGUGCCUUUGUUAUGGGAUUCCAACCAAUGUAGAUGUUCAAAAUUUGAAAUCCUCACAUAUUGUCUUAUGCAAGAUAUCUGAACUUGCAUUCUACUUUCAGUCAAGUUGACAAGUAAUUACACUCUGCAUCCUCCGUUGUACUAGUAUUUUGGUGAAGCAUUCUUUGGCUUGCUAAAGGGCAUAGCUCAUGCCAUAUUUCUCUUUGAUGCUUCUGCCAAUCUCCUUAUAUGUGAGAUGAAUUCCCAAGUUUGAUUCUCGGCCUUUUUACGCUGAGUACUAAGAUUUAGCUGAAGAACUUGGAAGAAUGUUUGUUGAGGAGAAAUAUAGUCCAUGAAAUGGCUAAUAUAGCUGAGGUUGGUGUACUCUAUCUGGCCUAAGUUCUUUUUGAUGUUGCAAGUAUUAUAGCCUACACUUUCCACCUUAUAUGUAUUUUUACACUUAUUAUUCGUAGGGAUUUGUCUUUUGUAAAACAUGAUUUAACAUCAUGCAGGAUUAUAACCCUAGACUUUCAUGCUUUGAUUUGAUGAAGAAUGAUAAGGGCAAUGCUUAAAUGCAGAUGUGGUUUUUGCUUCUGAGUACUUGCAUGCUGUUACAAACAACACAUUAAUAUUCACUCCAGUUUUGCUGCACGAUACUCAGGAAAUGGAUCUGACAGCCGUACAAUAGAUGAUCAUGAAAGAAAUGGUAUAUAAAAGUAUAACCAAUUCCUGAUUCCUGAUUUCUCCUCAUGAUGCAUACUGCAUAUACUUUCCUGUUACAUGAUAUGCAAGUUUGUUGAUUCAAGUACUCGCCAUAACUAUGCUGUUCAUCAAGCAUUGGGAAUUAAAGAAGCCUGCCUAAGGCAGUGUUUAUGCAGCUUUCGUUUCAAAUCUGAAACAUACAAAUGCAAGAGAGGUUGGAGUCAAAGAAAGAAAAUACAGUUUUUCAGCAUAAAGAUUUUAACACUAGUAUUGAGUGCUACACUCAGGAUUUGAGGAGCUCAAUUUAACUUGGAGUGAAUUAGGUCAUCGAAUGAGAGAAAUGGAAGAAAUGCGAAGUGUUUAAGCUCAACACGGGCAAAGCAUAGUCAUGCUUUGUCCCCCUGAAUCUUCCAGUCUGGUGCGGACCAAGUGAAGAAGCUUGCAGGGGAGUAACACUAGGGCGAACAUGGUUGAAGCACAAUCGUGUCACUUCCCCUGAAUAUCUCAGGUUGGAAUUGCUGUUCUUCUCAAUGGGAGGAGCACGUGUUGGGGGCUCCUAGCACGACCGCGCUUCCUCCCACUGAAAAUCAUAGGUGAACACACCCCAUGGAAACACGGGUUUAGCAUGAUCGUGCUUAGACCGUGUUGAGCUCGAAGACAGCCUUUUUAACUCUAGUUUUUAUGGUUUUGCUAUGAUCUUUGUUCGGGGAUUCAACUUUCUUCUGGGUGGACUUUGAAGAGGGCGAAGAUCAGGCUUCACCACACACUUUAAGGGGAUAAAAAGAGGAGUCGAAGGCACAAGAGAAGUGUGGGGUUGAGCAUAUGGAGCUCGACAAGGAAGAUCAUCUUGAGUAGAAGGGAGUCAUGUCUUCUUUCUCUUGCUAUUCAUCUAUGUUUUUCUUGUUGUACCCAUCCAUAAGGGGCUAAUCGUCCACGGUGCCCCGAGAUGUGUGAUAAGUGUCUAAAUAUAUGUAUUUUCUAAUAUGUAUUCUAUACAUUUAGUAUGUAUUUUCAUAGGAAUUGAUGCCCAUUUUGUGCUUAAUCGAGUAGUAUCUGUUUUGUAGGGCACAGAGAAGCCACGGAGAACACGAGGAUACGAUUAGGGAAAAGAAGAGAAGAAAACUUGGUCGUAGUACUGUAGAGCAUUCACUGUAGCAGAUUGUUGUAGUUGAAUACCGUAGUAGAUUACUGUAGCAAUUUCACUAUAGUAUCUACUGUAGCACAUGCAGGUUUUCCAAGACAGAGAGUUUGGCCUAGUCCAUACGACCUCCAUAUGGACAUAUGAAGGCCGUAUGGACCUUGUCAAGUUGCAAUUUAUCCUUGUUUUGUGCCCAAUUUGCGGUUUAUACGGUCCCCAUACGGCCAGUAUUCCCCUGGUGGGGGGGGGAUAUAAAAACAUAUCUUUAGGGCAAAACAAUGGGACUUUUCCUUGUCCUUUUGGGCUGCCGCCAUCACACUUCUUGAGGCUUUUUGGCCACUUUUCCGCGGUGAUCUUUGGGGAAAACAAGCACACAUCAUCACCAAAAGGGAGGGGAGCAAAGGAGAAAGAGUUGGAGUGAAGAUCUAAGCCAUUAUCGACAAAUUUGUGAAGCUUCAUCCAUUCGAGGGGACCACAACCUGGAGGGGGUUUUCAUUACUUCUUUUAUGUUUUUGUCUUCCUUGUAUAUCGUAUAAGUGUCUCUUAUCAUGAAGGAUUAACAUAUU